GCGGAGAGUUUGUGGUCGACCGUAAAUUUGCGUGGCUCGUUAGUGGAUUCGGAGAACGUUCAAGGACAUUCCGAUUGCAUUUUAGUGGGUGAUUCAUCACCAUUCACUGCCGGACCAGAAGUGGAAAGUAAGAAAUCUCGCCAGUGGUGCGCGCUUGGAAUCUCUAGGAAGAAAGUGGUGCAACAACGACGACGACGACAACGGUGGUGCUGGUCGGUACUCGUCAUCCCCCCGGGGCAUAAGUGAAAGUUUGCAUUUUGUGUGCCGAAAUACCGAUAUUGCAGAUUGUCAGUUUCACCCACUUGUGGCCGGAGGUGUUGUGUUUAUCGUGUGCAUUAGAGACCGGGUUUGCACGGGUGGUUUUGUAACAGGUGCCGGAGCGAACCGGUUCAACGAUUGUACACCGACAUCCGGCCAUUUGCGGGGUAUAACAAGAGCUCGAUAAGGGGCUUAUCGGUGAAAGAUUUUGGGCCAUUGUUCGUCUGAUAGGACUCCCCCGCGCACAACACAACGAUUACCAAAGCGACGGUUCCGUUCCGAUCUUCAAGUGCUUCCCAGUGUGACCUCUUCUUCACUGUCGUCUUCCAGCGGCCAUGAUGAACCCGAACCAGCAACCAGGGCAGGGUCAGUAUGCACCCUAUGCACCCAGCUACGGCUACCAACCGGCGGACGCACAGCAGGCCAUGGGCUAUCCACCGGCACCGCCCGGUACCUACCCGGCCCCGUAUCCACAGCCCGGAGCGCCUCAACCUGGUUAUUGGCAAGGAUCUCCUUAUCCACCGGCAGCACCCGGGUACGCUCCAGCGCCACAGAUGUACGCACCGAAUCAACCGUACGGUGCCGGAGGUUACGCACCGGUCGUCGUUCAACCGGGCGUUCCUGGUCAACCGCCACCGCAAAUGAUGGGUGGUCAACCGAUGGCAGGUGGCUGGAUGCCUAUUCCGCAAGGGAUACCGAACUGUCCGCCCGGAUUGGAAUACCUUACUGCCAUUGAUCAGCUGCUGGUGCACCAGAAGGUGGAGUUGCUCGAAGCGUUCACUGGUUUCGAGACGGCCAACAAGUACACCGUUAAGAACACGCUCGGCCAGAAGGUGUACUGGGCGGCGGAGGAUACGGGCUGCUGCAACCGGAUGUGCUGCGGUGCGGCCCGUGCCUUUGACAUGAAGGUUCUCGAUACGUACCAGAAUGAGGUACUGCACUUUAAUCGACCGUUACGCUGCAGCUCCUGCUGGUUCCCGUGCUGUCUGCAAACGAUGGAAGUGACGGCACCGCCCGGCAACGUGAUCGGAUACGUGGAGCAGGACUGGUCCAUUCUAACGCCCCAGUUCAGCAUUAAGGAUCAGAACGGUGAAACCGUGCUGAAGAUCUCCGGACCAUUCUGUACUUUCAGCAUCUGUGGUGAUGUCGAGUUUGAGGUUCUCUCUACGAAUGGUACACAGGUGGGCAAGAUUAGUAAGCAGUGGUCUGGACUGGGCCGCGAGUUGUUUACCGAUGCAGAUCAUUUUGGUAUCAACUUCCCGAUGGAUCUGGACGUCAGGGUAAAGGCGACGCUUCUCGGUGCUCUGUUUCUAAUUGACUACAUGUUCUUCGAGAAGAGCGGCAACAAGGAACAGGAUCGUCCGGGAAUGUUCUAAAAACGUUCUCUUACUUUGAUUCGUUUUGUUUUUUUUUUGUUUUCCAUUUUAACAACAACAAUACUAGCCUUAAAAGGGGGGGGGGCACGUUAGCCUUACGAUCGUUUUCUUCCACGUCUACUCCCAGUUACUUGUGUUACCGUUUCCCAAAGAACAUUCGCCUGCCAGUGUCGGGAGAGUUCAAUCGACCAUAGUCUAAGGAUGAGAAGAACUAGGAUCCAAUCGUAAGCACACAUCGUACAGCAGAAACUAUGGGCGCACAGGCGACGGAACAAGCACAAAAACCAAAGGAUUUGAAUGAACAGUCAGUGCCAGAUCGAUCGAUGAUUCUAUGUUUGUCUGUUGUCUAUAAAAUCGAAAGCGCAACGAGAAUGUAGAAUUGAGAGGCGUUCAGAAUGUUGAAUCUUAAAACCGAUACUACUACUAUUUAUCCUACUGCUUGGUGUUAGUUUUUGGUGCCCUCAGGUACUUGGCAGAGCAAGUACAGUACUUCAUAAACGUCCAAUAUAAUGCUUCGCGCAAUGGGUUUUUUUUGUAGGAAAUAAGAUGGAAUGGAUAGAGAUACGGCUGCUGCUCGCUGUAUGAAUUCAACAAUUGAAGUUAAGAUUUCUAAAUGUUUAUACGCAUUAUAUUGUCGUUUCGGACAGUUUGUGUCGCUUAACAUAAUACAUAAACUUAUAUAUAUACAGUA